AGCAAGGGGCGGCGCCAGGAGGCACCCUUGCCUUGAGGUAUAAGCCCGGUGGGUAGUUGCUUGUUCUUUCUUUGCCCCCAGCCGCCUCCACUCGCUAUGUUGCUUCGGCUCCACGUCAGCCUCCUCCUCGCCCUCCUCCUGAGCUGUGAGGCGAGAGGGCAGGAGCAGAAGCAGGCGAGCAAAAGCGAAACUCCGCUCCAGUCGCUGCAGAUUGAAACCCUGGUGGCGUCCCCUGAAGGCUGCACGGAGCGCUCGGCGACAGGCGACACUGUGGCAAUCCACUACACGGGUACUCUUGAAGAUGGACGCAUUAUUGAUACCUCACUCUCUCGUGAUCCAUUGCAAGUGGAGUUGGGCAAAAGACAGGUCAUACCAGGUUUAGAACAAGGUCUACUGAACAUGUGUGUUGGUUUGUUUUCUGGCAGGGAGAAACGAAGAGUCAUUAUCCCUCCUCACCAGGCAUACGGCAAACGAGGUUCCCCACCAGCUAUACCAGCUGAUGCAGUUCUGCACUUCGAGGUGGAAUUAAUCCAGCUCUCCAGAGCCAAUUACUGGCAGAAGCUGUUCAGCGAUAUACUCCCCUUGCUGAGCACUGGGCUUGCCCCAGCGCUGCUGGGACUGAUUGGCUACUACCUGUACAGGAAAGCCCAGAUGCCCCGGAUAUCUAAGAAGAAACUCAAGGAAGAGAAGAAAAACAAGGCCAAAAAGAAAUAAAGUUGUUCCUUAUCUUUUUCAA